AUGGCGGAGGGCCGCCAAUUGAGCUCCAUGCUCGUGUUUUUUUGGCUCAAUGCCCUCUUCGCUGGGCUGGGCCUUGCAGCUGACGACGGCGAAUUCAACCUCCACAGCGAGAUCGGCCUCCAGAACAACCAGAGCUUGCUAUGGGGGCCCUACAGACCCAACCUCUACUUUGGCGUGCGCCCCAGGAUACCCAAGAGCCUGAUGACCGGCUUGAUGUGGGGCAAGGUCGAGACAUACUCGGAUUUCCAGACCUCAAUACGGUACACGUGCGAACAAAAUGAAGGCAUGAAGGGGUACGGUUGGGAGGAAUAUGACCCCAGGCGCGGCGGCAUCCAAACGAUACACGACAUCGAGAACCACAUCGAUCUGACCACCUCCUUCGUCAAGGUCCCCGGCGGCGCGCACGGCGGCAACUGGGCGGCGAGGAUCAAGGGUGUUCUUAAUAAGGAUGCGCUUAAGGAGCAGAAGACGAUUGUCGUUAUCUACGUCACGCAGGAAGGGGAGAGCUCGGUGCUCCAGGCCUCGCCCCCUGAUGAUGAGUUCGGAUACGAAGGCGACGUCACACUCACAGGGCACUCUGAGACGCUCGGCAACUACAAGCUUGUCAUCACGAAAGGCAGGGGAGUCCAGCCCCAGAGCGACCACGACCUCUCGACAAUCCGCGGACCAGGCCAGACCGUCGUCCAAUCAUUGAUCUAUCCUGAGGAGCACAUCUGGCAGGCGAAGCCUAUUCUGUUCAAGCAACUCAAGGAGGGCGUGGAUUGGCUGGUCGAGAACAAAUACGACGCCGUCGACCCUCCGCCCCCAUGGCAGGUCUACCAGCUCGCCAACCGCCCGGGCACCGGAAAUGUCCAUAUUGUGCAGAAGGUAUUUGAGGGUGAUUUUGAGUUUGAGGUUAUCUUUUCGAGCGAGUCCGCCGGCAAGGAGCUCACGAGUGAUGAUAUCACAAGGGAAGUCAAAGAGGCCACCGAGUCCUUUAGCGAGCGCUUCUCGCGCGUGUUCCCCCUGAAGCCACCGUUCAACGCCGAAAAUUACAAGAAGUUUGGCAGGAGCAUGUUCUCCAAUUUGAUCGGAGGCAUCGGCUACUUCUACGGACAUUCGGUCGUGGACCGCUCCUAUGCGCCUGAGUAUGAUGAGGAGAACGAAGGCUUCUGGGAGGAAGCCGCCGAAGCACGAGCCCGCAACCAGCAGGGCUUGGAAGGCCCGUACGAGCUGUUCACGAGCAUUCCCUCGCGGCCUUUCUUUCCCCGAGGCUUCCUGUGGGACGAAGGCUUCCACCUGCUUCCCAUCGCCGACUGGGACAUGGAUCUCACCCUGGAAAUUGUCAGGAGCUGGUUCAACCUUAUAGACGAAGACGGCUGGAUCGCCCGUGAGCAGAUCCUCGGCGCUGAAGCCCGCAGCAAAGUGCCCGCCGAGUUCCAGACUCAAUACCCACACUACGCUAACCCGCCGACCCUUUUUUUCAUCAUAGACGUCUUCGUUGACAAGCUCCGCAAGACCAACGGUACCCUGCCGGCCGGCCUGGAGCACCUCUCCCAAGAUGAAACACUCGCCACCGCGUCCCUCAACAAUCCUGAGGUCGGGCUCCAACACCUCCGCCGCCUCUACCCUCUCCUGCAGCGCCAGUUUAACUGGUUCCGCAAGACGCAAGCCGGCGAUGUCAAGUCGUACGACCGCGAGGCCUACUCCGCCAAGGAAGCCUACCGCUGGCGCGGCCGCACCGUUACGCACUGCCUGACGAGCGGGCUGGACGACUACCCGCGCCCGCAGCCGCCGCACCCGGGCGAGCUGCACGUCGACCUGCUGUCGUGGGUUGGAGUCAUGUCCAAGUCGCUCGCCAACGUCGCCGACGCGCUGGGCCACGCCGAGGACGCGGAUGGAUACAAAAAGAUCCUCACAGCCAUUGAGCGCAACCUGGACGACCUACAUUGGUCCGAGAAGGACGGAUGCUACUGCGACGCCACCGUCGACGAGUUCGAAGAGAACAAGCUGGUCUGCCACAAGGGCUACAUCUCGCUGUUCCCCUUCCUGAUGGGGCUGCUACGGCCCGACAGCCCCAAGCUGGGCAGAUUGCUGCAGCUGAUGGGCGACGAGGAGGAGCUGUGGAGCCCGCACGGCCUGCGUAGUCUGAGCAAGCGUGACGAGCUGUACGGGACAAAGGAAAAUUACUGGCGCAGCCCGGUGUGGAUCAACAUUAACUAUCUGGGAAUUGUGCAGCUCUAUAACGUCGCAACCCUGGAGGGCCCGCACAAGGAGACAGCGAGGGAUUUGUACUCGCGGCUCCGGAAGAACAUCGUGGACACGGUGUACAAGAGCUGGGAGGAGACGGGAUUCGCGUGGGAGCAGUACAACCCGGAGACGGGCAAGGGCCAGCGCACGCAGCACUUUACUGGCUGGACCAGUUUGGUGGUGAAGAUCAUGGCCAUGGAGGACCUCGAGGGCAAAGCGGGUUAUGUGAGGGAUGAGCUGUAG